GAGCGCGAGGCAGCACACUUCAAACAGUUCGAAGCGGCGCGCGCGGGACGGCACCUUUAAAGCUUGCGCUCUUUGAAGACCACCGCGCGCACAAAAGCAAAAAAAGGUCUAAAUGUGUUUAGUGUCACGCGCAUGAAGCGCCGCGCGCGUGUUUAAUCCAAAAUCUUUGAUGCUGUCACACUGCAGUUCCGGCAUCGAGCGCGCAGAGCAGCGGGAGCGCGCAGCACCGCCGCGGCGCGCGUCACAGCUGUCAGCACCAAGGACAGCGGCGCUCAGAGCGCGCGGAGCCGCCUCCGGACCGACACACCGGAACCGUCACCACCGGGGAGGGUCUGACUCGGAGGGACAAAAGGGGGGUGUAGCACGCGGUUGGACGUCCCAGCUGUCCAUGACAUGAUCACGCGCAUUCCUCCGCAGUGCUCUGGUUUUUUUCUGUCCUGGUUUUCUUUUACCUUCUCGUCUCCCCCUCCCUCGCGCUCACCGCCCACCUGGAUCUAGUCCGCCUCGUUCUGUGUGAGCCGAGCCCCUCCGACAGAAGCGGCCGGGCUGCGCUGCGCCGUCUGCUCCUCAAGAUGCGCCUCUUUCUGCUGGCCGUGCUCUUCUGCUGCUCCGUGGCGCGGGCCGGCUGCGAGCCCAAGAUCGUUAACAUCGGGGCCGUCCUGAGCCAGAAGAGGUACGAGCAGGUCUUCAAAGACGCCGUGACCCAGGCCAACCAGGUCUACGGCAGGGACAAGUUCAAGCUGACCGCCAUCUCUGUUACGCACAAGCCCAACGCCAUCCAGAUGGCUCUGUCCGUGUGCGAGGACCUCAUCUCCAGCCAGGUCUAUGCCAUCCUGGUGAGUCAUCCCCCCCAGUCCAAUGACCACCUCACUCCCACGCCCGUCUCCUACACCGCCGGCUUCUACCGCAUCCCUGUGGUGGGGCUCACCACCCGAAUGUCCAUCUACUCUGACAAGAGCAUCCACCUGUCCUUCCUGCGCACCGUGCCGCCUUACUCCCACCAGGCGCACGUGUGGUUCGACCUGAUGCGCGAGUUCAACUGGAACCACAUCAUCCUGAUCGUCAGCGACGACCACGAGGGGCGGGCGGCCCAGAAGAGGCUGGAGACGCUGCUGGAGGAGAGGGAGACCAAGAAUAAAAAAAGGAACUAUGAAAACCUCGACCAACUGUCCUAUGACAACAAGCGAGGACCUAAGGCAGAGAAAGUCCUCCAGUUCAGCCAGGAGACUAACUUAACUGCCCUGCUGCUGGAGGCUAAAGAGCUGGAGGCCCGAGUCAUCAUCCUGUCUGCCAGCGAGGAGGACGCAGCUGCGGUGUACAAGGCCGCCCGCUUCCUCAACAUGACGGGCUCAGGCUACGUGUGGCUGGUGGGGGAGCGGGAGAUGUCGGGUAAAGCCCUGACCGAGGCUCCGGACGGGCUGAUCGGCCUCCAGCUCAUCAACGGGAAGAACGAGUCGGCUCACAUCAACGACGCGGUGGCCGUGGUGGCCCAGUCCAUCCAAGAGCUCUUUGAGAAGGAGAACAUCACGGAACCCCCCCGAGGAUGCGUGGGAAACACCAACAUCUGGAAGACAGGGCCCCUCUUCAAGCGGGUUCUGAUGUCGUCCAAGUAUCCAGAGGGCCUCACAGGACGCGUGGAGUUCAACGACGACGGGGACAGGAAGUACGCGCACUACAGCAUCCUCAACUAUCAGAAGAGUCGUCUCGUUCAAGUUGGCAUCUACAACGGCACACAGGUGGUGAUGAACAAUCAGCGGAAGAUAAUCUGGCCUGGAGGAGAGACGGAGAAACCGCAGGGCUUCCAGAUGUCCACUCGGCUAAAGAUAGUGACCAUACACCAGGAGCCUUUUGUGUACGUGAAACCCACCAUGCUGGAUGGGACCUGCAAGGAGGAAAUGACCCUGAACGGAGUCCUAAUAAAAAAGGUCAUCUGCACCGGGCCCAAUGAGACCAUCCCAGGGCGCCCCACCGUGCCCCAGUGUUGUUAUGGAUUCUGUAUUGAUCUCCUGAUCAAGUUGGCCAUGACCAUGAACUUCACCUAUGAGGUGCAUCUGGUGGCCGAUGGAAAGUUUGGAACUCAAGAACGGGUGAACAACAGCAACAAGAAAGAGUGGAAUGGGAUGAUGGGAGAGCUCCUGGGGGGCCUGGCUGACAUGAUUGUGGCCCCGCUGACUAUAAACAACGAACGAGCCCAAUACAUCGAGUUCUCUAAACCCUUUAAAUACCAAGGCCUCACCAUCCUGGUUAAAAAGGAAAUUCCGCGCAGUACUCUGGACUCGUUCAUGCAGCCGUUCCAGAGCACGCUGUGGCUGCUGGUGGGUCUUUCGGUACAUGUGGUGGCGGUGAUGCUUUACCUUCUAGACCGGUUCAGUCCGUUUGGAAGAUUUAAAGUAAACAGUGAAGAAGAAGAGGAAGACGCCCUCACCUUAUCAUCCGCCAUGUGGUUCUCCUGGGGAGUGUUGCUGAACUCUGGAAUUGGAGAAGGUGCCCCACGCAGCUUCUCAGCCAGAAUCCUGGGUAUGGUGUGGGCCGGCUUUGCUAUGAUCAUUGUGGCUUCCUACACUGCCAACCUGGCUGCCUUCCUGGUGUUGGACCGGCCUGAGGAGCGCAUCACCGGCAUCAACGAUCCAAGGCUGCGGAAUCCAUCUGACAAAUUCAUCUAUGCUACGGUGAAGCAAAGCUCCGUGGACAUCUACUUCCGGCGGCAGGUCGAGCUGAGCACGAUGUACCGCCACAUGGAGAAGCACAACUACGAAAGUGCCGCCGAGGCCAUUCAGGCUGUGCGCGACAACAAGCUGCAUGCUUUCAUCUGGGACUCUGCGGUGCUGGAGUUUGAAGCCUCGCAGAAGUGCGACCUGGUAACCACGGGAGAGCUGUUUUUCCGUUCGGGCUUUGGCAUAGGCAUGCGCAAGGACAGCCCCUGGAAACAGAAUGUGUCCCUGGCCAUUCUCAGUUCUCAUGAGAAUGGCUUCAUGGAAGACCUAGAUAAAACCUGGGUGAGAUACCAGGAGUGUGACUCGAGGAGCAAUGCCCCAGCCACACUCACCUUUGAAAACAUGGCAGGAGUCUUCAUGCUGGUGGCUGGAGGCAUUGCAGCAGGGAUCUUCCUCAUCUUCAUUGAAAUCGCCUACAAGAGACACAAAGACGCCCGCAGGAAGCAGAUGCAGCUGGCCUUUGCGGCCGUCAAUGUCUGGAGGAAGAACUUGCAGCCCUCUUCCUCUCUAGAGACUCAGGAUGAUAGGAAAAGUGGUAGAGCAGAGCCCGACCCCAAAAAGAAAGCCUCUUUUAGGUCCAUCAGUACCACCCUGGCCUCCAGCAUCAAGAGACGUAGGUCCUCCAAAGACACGCAAUACCCACCCACUGACAUCACGGGCCAACUCAACCUGUCGGACCCGUCUGUCAGCACGGUGGUGUGAGGAGAGAGCCAGGAGAGAGGAAAUCAUGCGAGGAGGAGAGGGGCCGUCGCGUUUCCUGUCCCGCUCAAGCCGCCGAGGCCCACAGGAAAUGGACGAAGAGGAGGCCUCAAAACCCGCACCUUUUUUUAAAGACCUGAUCUUAGAUGUUUGUGGGUUACUGAGCAUGCACAGAAGAACCCACCCAGCUCGCACUUACACUCUUUUCCUUCUGUAUAGUAUCGGAAACAUAUUUAACCUUGUUUUGUCCUUUUACUCACAUAAUCUUUGGUGUUUUGCAGCUUUUUGAGGAACUGCUUAGAUUUUAGCUCCACAGGUUUAAUUUGGUUGAGUUUGCAGCUAAUCUAGAGCAAACCUUCUCCACAUAUCACCUCUGAUUAGCCUCAUGUUUCUUAACAAAUAGUGCAAUAUAAGAAGUACUGUAAAGGAAAUAUUUUUAAUAGGAAUUAUCUGUAAUCUACAUUUGAUUUCUUUAUUGGGACGCACUAAUAUUAGCACUAAAAAGGGACACAGUCAUGCUUUAUUUGCUUAUAAGUAAUAAUGAAAGCAUGUUGUAUAUGAAUACGAGCUGUAUGUACCAGAAUGAUCUUGAUUAUUGUCAUUUUUGAGCUUCUUCGGCAGAGUUUCUUCUGCCCUUUAAUUUGCACAAACCCACCAAAGGCACUUAUUGGAUAAAUGACUCAAAGUCAAAUUAGUUGUAAUAUAUUAGAUGAUAUAGAAAGAAAGAAAUAGCUUCCAUGACAAAUACUAGAUCUUUGAGAAAUUUGAUGACUCAAAGUCUUUAAGUUUAGGGGAGCCCCCGGUCCUCCUCUCUCCUGCAGCAGCAGUCUUUCUCACUUCCUUUUGUUGAAGGGGUUGCAUCAAAGGGCCAGGUUUUUCAGCCAACCGGCACUCUGUCUUUCAUGCAAAACCUCCCCCCGGCAUGCCGAGCGCUGUGGAGCGCUGCGGAGCUUUUGCACGAAGGCCUCAGAGUGAGCUGGACGCUCCGCUCCUGUGCAGGUCUUGGUUAGUUGCAAAAACAGGCCGUUUCCCACUUUGUGGAGGUGAGAAACCUCUGCUGUGAACGCCAUCCAAUCCUCUGUGGUGUCUGGCACUGCGCUGCACUUUACGUUGAGGGGCCCCCCACAGUCUGAAAAUAUAUGAAAAAGUAUCCAAUGCAUCCAAACCCUAACAACAAGAACUCCCCAGGGUUUCACUGGUGGUUUUGUGUGUUUUGCUCGAUGGUGAAAGACAGUUUCCAGUUGAAGGCCUCUGACCCGGUCCGUCCCAGUCCGGCCUGCAUGCUUCUGUGUUGACGCCAGCGCUUCCGUGUGGUUUUGGACGUGUGCAGAUGAGCUGUGUGACGUUGAAUCCCCUGUAAAUAGGAAACUGCUCAUGUUUUGGAGCUGAGAAUGUGUUACGCUUUGGGUAUUACCACAACACACGUGUAGAAUACAACACACACACAAAUGAAGCCCUGCAAAGGAGGCUCUGCGUGUAUUUCUUACCUUUUCCAGUAAAAAAAACUUGCUUUUAAUCAUCCUGUUUCUACAACUGUCAAUAAACUAUACAAGUGUACCCAUCAUUGUGCUUUUAUUGAUUAAGGGCUGCAGUUCAUUUAUAUUCCUGUUCCUGUUUAUCCACAUGAAAUCAUUGAGCGUUGGUGUUCAAAGGUCUGUAUUCCUGAAUGAAGAGUGAAUUUAGAAAAACAAUGUGCAAUAUUAAAAUAUGGUGUGACAAAA